CAUGUCCGUAACGCAUUCUGUAGAAAGCGUGACCGAUGCGAACGAGUGUCCCUUGAGGGAAAUGCAACACAACAAGUUUUACCUUGCAAUUCCUGCCUACAUGUAUGUCUCCGCGAAUAACUCGAUUUCAACGGUUCGCCUUGUGUAACUGACGAUCCGAUGAAGUUAAGAGAUUAGAGGAAGUAUUAUCUGAUUUCAGUUUAGAGGCCACUGGAUUCUAUGAAAAAUUAACUUCAAGCGGAAGUCGGGUGUCGAUGUCACGCAAUAUUUUCGAAGACAAAGUGCCUUGUUCAUUAUUGUUCGCGUUGCUGUCGACGGUGCUCGUCUUCGAUAGCUUUCGAGUUUGAUUAUUUCCCAAGCAAUCUAAGGCUACAGACGUUGCUGUGGCAUGGCUUCGCUCCUGAUAUUUUUAUUAACUUGCAUCUUGUGUCGGGGAAUAACAGUAAAAGUUAAAGGACGUGACAGAUCAGACAUUCCUAAAUCGAAUCUUAAAGGACAAACUGCCCCAGACAUGGACAAGGAUAAAGCGAAUCUCAGGUUGGUUAUUCCAUUAAUUGAUAAAAAUGGAGAUGGUCAAAUAUCAGUCGAAGAACUUGCUGCCUGGACAGGCAGGAGUAUGAAGAAUUUUUACAAACAAGAGGCCGAGAAUCGGCUAAAGACACUGGACACGAAUAAAGACGGCAAGGUCUCUUGGGAAGAAUAUAUCAAGGGCGCUGAAAACAGAGGAGGUUUUACAGAGAAACAAAAACAGCGCCACAAAAGAAGAUUUGAUCAUGCUAACGCGAAGGAAGACGGUUUAUUAUCACGUGAUGGUUUGAUUUCUAUGUUCCAUCCUGAGGAAAAUCCAAGCAUGUUUGGAGCCAUAGUUGAAGAAUUCAUGGAAUUCGUGGAUACCGACAAAGAUGGGUUUCUAUCAUUCGAUGAGUACAAAGGUAAAACGGUAGAUACUGGCAGCACGGACCAACGGACCGCUGAAGAAUCUUUCAAAAGGCUUGAUCAAGAUAGUGAUGGAAAACUGAACAAAGAAGAGAUGAAACUUUGGUUGGCUGCCGUUAAUACUUCCUCUCAAGCAAAGAACCAAGCAAAACGGCAAGUUAGCAUGGCCGAUGAUAAUAAGGAUGGUGUUUUAGGUGAAAUGGAAAUUCUCAACCACAUAGGAGUUUUGUUGGUUAUUCCAUUAAUUGAUAAAAAUGGAGAUGGUCAAAUAUCAGUCGAAGAACUUGCUGCCUGGACAGGCAGGAGUAUGAAGAAUUUUUACAAACAAGAGGCCGAGAAUCGGCUAAAGACACUGGACACGAAUAAAGACGGCAAGGUCUCUUGGGAAGAAUAUAUCAAGGGCGCUGAAAACAGAGGAGGUUUUACAGAGAAACAAAAAAAGCGCGACAAAAGAAGAUUUGAUCACGCUAACGCGAAGGAAGACGGUUUACUAUCACGUGAUGGUUUGAUUUCUAUGUUUCAUCCUGAAGAAAAUCCAAACAUGUUUGGAAUCAUAGUUGAAGAAUUCAUGGAAUUCGUGGAUACCGACAAAGAUGGGUUUCUAUCAUUCGAUGAGUACAAAGGUAAAACGGUAGAUACUGGCAGCACGGACCAACGGACCGCUGAAGAAUCUUUCAAAAGGCUUGAUCAAGAUAGUGAUGGAAAACUGAACAAAGAAGAGAUGAAACUUUGGUUGGCUGCCGUUAAUACUUCCUCUCAAGCAAAGAACCAAGCAAAACGGCAAGUUAGCAUGGCCGAUGAUAAUAAGGUGAGGCUACUGUGA